GCUAAGAGAGGUGGUCGCUGCCCCCCCCUCCCCGCCACACCUGUCCCUGCCCCUCCCUUGGCUAGCUCGCCGACGGUGCUGUGUGCGUGCGUGUGUGUCCGUGUGUGCUGACUCGCUACCCUGGCUUUGCCCUUUGAGGGAGAAAAGAUCUUGCGGUGUUUCUUAUGUUGAUGGUUCAAGGAUGAAAACACAUAAAAUAAGACGAGAAAGUGACCAAACGCAAGGUGGAAAUGAUAAAUAAAUGAACAUGUAAAGGUGACACACUUUACGAAGUAGGAGAAUAGCAUCGAUGUACAUUUUCUUCAUCGCUCAAUGACUAUCGAUAUACGAUACGCUAUGAGGACGAAACAAGACCCUUAGUAAGAAUACUUUUAUGCUGAAAAGGAUGAGAGGAAAAUAAGAAAAAAACAGGAAAUAAAUAAAUACAUAAAAGCUGUGCUACUUUAGAAAUGAAUAUAAAUUAUAAUGAUAGUAAUACUGAUGAAAUUAGAUAAUAAGAAAAGCGAAUACAAACGAGAUUAGAGAAGAAAGAAAAACGAAGAAGGGGAGAGAAUCCAAUAAGCAUACACAAGAAAACCAAUGAAUAACCAAGCAAGAAAACAAGAAACCAAAAUGAGCUCCAGAAACCCAAGAGCUUCACGUAGCACCUCAGCAUCAGUAGGAGGAGGAGCGGCAUCAUCAUCUCCGUCAGCAGUGAUCAGCAGAAGCCUCAAGACAGGCUGCAACACCCACCAGCAUCACCAUCUUCUCCUUAUGUUCCUUGCUCUUGUUAUCACUACGACGGCUAUCUCUCCGGCACACGGCGAAGCACUUCCCCUUGGAAUUUCCGUGGUCAGCGUAGUGGAGACGCUUAUCGAGAGAACAGUAGCGUUACCCUGUUUGGCGACCCACCACCCACACGGGGACACCCCAAUGCUUCUGCUUUUCUACAGACACCCAUCAAACAUCCCAUUCUUCAGCGGACCAAUCAGGGACGUGUUUACAGUUGAAAUGAAUUACGUGACUCUGGAAAUGUCUAGAGCUGAUAUCAUGUCACUAGUUUACAAGGGAGCAACACCAUUAACCUAUUUUUCCAUCCGCCUCAUGACCUUACCUCACUCAACCUCGACGCCCGCAACUGAAACUCGGCUGAGGAAGCGAAGACACCAGAGUGAUGUCUUGAAGCCCGUCGUUACCUAUCGUCAACUCAACCCACGCUCCAUUAUCCUCAUCCACAUCACUGACUCCGGCAACAGACCAUGA